AUGAAGAUGCAUAAAUGUUUCUUGUGUAAUUAUUUUGUCAAUUUUGUAAAAAGAAAGAAACGCAAAAAAGGAAGUAAACUACGUUUUAUAAAAUGUAAAGAUAUAGAAAGCAAGAAAUAUAUUGUAAGAAGGUUUGAUAAAAGAAGGAAUGAAGAUAACAAGAAGAUAUGUGUUUUAAAAAACAUGUUAAUUACAAGUAAUGAAUUUAGUGUAUUAAAAAAUGAGAAUGAAAUUUUAUUGUUAUCAUCUAAUGAAUCUUAUAAAAAAGAAGAAUAUAAUAAUAUGAUAAAUCUAAAUAAUAAUAAUAAUAAUAAUAAAAAUAUUAGUAAUAAUAAUAAUAAUAAUGUGUAUCCUUCUAGUAUGAAUAAUAUUUCAAAAAAGUGCUUCUCAGAAAAUAUAUAUGUGAACGAACAUAUAAUUAAUAGUAGUAUUAUAAAUUGUGCAAAUGUAAAUUAUGAUAUAAAAGAAAAGUCCAAUAUUAAUAAAGAAGAUUCUGAUGAAUUAUGUGUUUCAGCUGAUGUUCAUAAAAUAAAUAAUGAUUUAUGUGACAUACCAAAAAAUGUAAUUAAUGAAUAUAGGAUGAAGACCAAUUAUUUAAUAGAUAAAUAUUUUUGUAAAAUUUUGACCUUUUGUAAAAUUAAAAAAAUUAAACAAGACCUUAUAAACCUCCUACACUUUAUGUAUUUAUAUAAAUCAAUAAAAAAUAAGAAUUGUAAGAAUAAUGUUCAUGUAAAUAAUUUAUUUAAAAAAUAUUUAAAGUUAUAUAUGAAAAAGAAUAUUAAAGGAAACAAAAAAAAAAAAAAAAAAAAAAAAAAGGAUGGUAUGAUAGAUUGUAUAAAAGAUAUAUAUAAUAUAUGUAAUAAAUAUGAUAUAUAUGAUAAAUAUAAUAAAUAUAAUAAAUAUAAUAUAUAUAAUAAAUAUAAUAUAUAUAAUUUAUAUAAUUCAUAUAAUUCAUAUAAUUCAUAUAAUUCAUAUAAUUCAUAUAAUUUGUCUUAUUUAAAAAUGAACCAUGUUAAUAGUAAUAGUAGUAAUAAUAAUAAUGAUGAUAAUAAUGUUCAUCCUUUAAAAAAAAGAAAAAUUCUCUUGAAUAAUAUGUAUGUCAUUAAGAAAUUUUUACUUUUGUACAAAUCAUAUAAAAUAAUUAAGAUCUGGAAUAAAUUAUACUUUUUGUGUUUUACAAAUUUUUGUUUUAAUAUAAAUAGGAAAGAUUAUUUUUAUAAGAACAUUCUUUAUCAGAUGAAAAAAAAGAAAUGUGAAUAUAUACAUAGACAGAUUGUGGAGAUAUAUAUACGUAUUAUUAACAUACUUAAGUUGAAAAGAGUUGGAAAGAGAUAUGUGAGAAAAAAGAAUUUGUUCACUAUAAAUUAUAGUAAUAUAACUAAUCAAAUGAGAUAUGAAAUAAUGAGAAAUAAAUAUAUAAAUGUAGUUAUAUGUUUAUGUAGAAUAUUUUUUAAAUAUGUAGAUAAUAUUUUAUUAUGUAAGAAAAAUAUGUUAAAAAGUUAUCUGUAUUAUUAUAACAAAUUGAAAGAACCAUAUUAUCCUUAUAAUAAUAUUAAAAAGGAUAUGGUUAUGGAAAAAAGACUAAUAAAAAAUAUAUGUAGUGAUUAUUUUAAUUAUAUAAAAAAGAAAAGAAAUGAUCUUUUUCAUAUGAGCACAGGAAGAUAUAAUUUUAAAAAUAAACCACACGACACGAAUGAACCGUAUAUCAUAAAUAUUAGUGAUUUAAAAAAUGAAAAAUCUGAAUUUGGUCAUAUCAUUAAUUUGGAUAAUUUUUAUAAAAAUAAGAAGAAUGAAAAUAUAUUUAUGUCAGCUCCCAGAAAAAAUAGAAAUAAUAAAAAGGAAGAAAUAGGAAAAAAACAAAAAAAUACACAUAAGAGAAAUUGUAAGGGUAUUAAAUAUUUAUACUGUAGACUUAAAAAUAAUCCGGAUAUGAUUAAGAUAGGAAGGGCGAAUAAGAUAAAGAGACCAACUAAGUAUAAAAUUAAGAAAAAAAUAAAAAGAAUACAUUGUCAUAAUAAUUUUUCAGAGUAUUUAUAUAAAGGCAUAGAAGGAAAUAUAGGUCAAUAUAAAAAUGAGUAUUUUACUACUAUGAAUAGAACUUAUUUAAUGAAAAGGAAAUUAAAGGAACACCGAGUGAGAAUAAGAAAGAAAUAUAUAGAGGAUAUUGAACCGAAUGUUAAAAAAAAAAAAGAACCAUUAUAUGAAAAUGUAAAUGAAAAUUUAUGUGUACAUAUGAAUAAAAAUAUAUGUGUAGAUAUGUAUAAAAAUAUAUGUGUAGAUAUGAAUAAAAAUAUAUGUGUAGAUAUGAAUAAAAAUAUAUGUGUAGAUAUGAAUAAAAAUAUAUGUGGAGAUAUGAAUAAAAAUAUAUGUGUAGAUAUGAAUAAAAAUAUAUGUGGAGAUAUGAAUAAAAAUAUAUGUGGAGAUAUGAAUAAAAAUAUAUGUGUAGAUAUGAAUAAAAAUAUAUGUGUAGAUAUGAGUAAAAAUUUAUGUGCACAUAUAAAUAAUACCAAUAAUCAUAUAACCAAUCUUGGUUUGAUUAAAAAAGUUGGGGAAGAUGAAAAAAAGGGGAAAGGGGAGUUCUUUACAAAUAUAACAUAUGCCGAAAGGUGUGAUGUGAUAUCAAGAUAUAAAGAGGAUACUAAAAAUAAGGAUAUCAUAAAAAUAAAUACAACUCAUUUGAAUAUUAAUGUAAAAAGGGAUUGUAUUAUAAAUAGCAAGACCGAAAUAAUGUCUAGGAUACAUUGUGAGAAAUAUACAAGAAAAAAAAAGAGUAGCAAUAAUAUGAUGAAAGAUAUUAAUAUAAAGAAUGAUUUAACUAAUAUUAUAUAUGUAGAUGAUAAAGACAAAAUAGGACUUGAUGAAGAUAAGGUAUGUAAAAUGAAUGAAGACUUUAAGGAAAAGCAUAAAAUAAUGGAGGAUGUUAUGAAAUUGGUGGAUUUUUCAAAAGAUAAUAAUGAAUAUAAGGAUGUUCAUUGUUAUGAACAUAAGAAUGGUAAUUAUAAUGAAUAUAAGGAUGUUCAUUGUUAUGAACAUAAGAAUGGUAAUUAUAAUGAAUAUAAUGAUGUUCAUUAUGAUGAACAUAAGAAUGGUAAUUAUAAUGAAUAUAAGAAUGUUCAUUAUGAUGAACAUAAGAAUGGUAAUUAUAAUGAAUAUAAUGAUGUACAUUAUAAUCGCUUAUUAAAGAGAGAAAAACAAUUCAUAGAAUAUUUAAAAAACUGUGAUGAUAUUAAAAAUAAUUACGAUAUGAUUACAUUAAUAAAAGACAAUACAUCUAAUUUUGUUUACAAAUGUUAUGAUAAAAAGAGGAAUAGAUAUGUUGCUAUAAAAUGUGUAAAUAAAGAAAAGCAAUUAUCUAUUAUGAGUUAUAGUACCUAUGUUAAUAUAUAUAAAAUUAUACAAAGGAUUAAUAACGAGAAUGUAGUAAAAAUAUAUGACUUAUUAGAAAAUAAAUUACAUUUUUUUAUUGUUAUGGAAUUAUGUGAAGGUAUUGAUUUAGUAGAUUAUGUGUCUAAGGAAAAUAUUUCUUUUGAGAAAACAAAAAGUAUUAUAUGUCAGCUAUUGAAUGGAAUAUAUGCUUUACAUUCCAAUUAUGUUAUUCACCGUGAUAUCAAAUUAGAUAACUUAAUGUUUAAGGAUAAGAAUUUAGAAACAUUAGUAAUCGUAGAUUUUGACAUGAGUGUGUAUAUGUAUAACGAUUCUGAAACGAGUACAAGAUAUCAUACAUGUGGAACGCAAAACAUGAAUACAUUAUAUCACAUGUGUGUCCCAGAUAAUAUGAAUGAAUUAUAUGAACUUAAUGACAUUCGAGAUAAGCAUAUGAACCUGUUAAGAAGUUUGACGAAAGAGCAAUUUGAUGAGGAAAAAUUUAUAAAUAUGAACACAGUACAAAUAAAAGGAUUGAAUGAUAACAUUAGAGAUGAGAAUGAUUAUUAUAUAAUGAAUAAGCAUCAUAAUAAUAAUAAUAAUAAUAACAAUAACAAUAACAAUAACAAUAACAAUGUUGUGUGUGAAAAAUUGGGGGGUCAAAAUUACCAUGCUAUGAUCGGUAAGAAAUAUGAACUUUCUCAAUAUCCAAAAGACACAAAUUUUGAAAAAGAUAAUUUAAUUACAAAUAAUAUAUAUUCAAAUAAGAUAUAUAAAAACAAAAAUGAUAAAAAUAAUUUGAUGAAGAUCAUACCCUUUUCUGAAAAUUAUAUGAAAGGAAAUAAGAAUAAUAAGAAAACAACUUCACUCAAUUAUAAGUAUAUAAAUUCUAUAGGUCGAAAUUUAUGUGCUUGUACAGGAAAUACAGAAAAGACUUUUAUUAAUGAUGGAGAAAAAGUUAUAUAUAAUGAUUUAAUAAUAGGAACUAAAGAAUAUAUGUCACCCUAUUGUUUAAAAGGUAUAUAUAGUAUAAGAACAGAUAUCUAUAGUAUAGGAGUAACUAUAUAUUUAAUACUUUUUAAAAAUUUCCCAUAUUUAUUUGAUGAAAUUAGUAUAAGAAAAUGGGAACAUUUUGUUAUUAACAAAAAUAAAAAUAUUCUUAUUCCAUUCUCCUUCUUAUUUCAUAAUAUUAAUUGUUCUUAUUUUAUUAAAUUAAUGGAUAUAUACUUAAUAAAUAAUAAUAUAUACUUUAGUAAAAAUAGUUAUUUAUUAGAUAACAAAUUCAAGGAAUUAGAAAAAAUAGAAAACAUCAAAUUUGAUUUUAAGCAAUUCAAAAUUAAUGUUAACAAUAUUUAUUUGAUACAAAUAUUGAAGAAAUCUUUAUCUCUCGAAAUAAAUGAGCAGUACACCAAUGUUUCGGAAAUUUUGGAGAAUAAAUUUUUUACAUAA